AUGGGAUACUCCAUCUCUUAUCAGUUGGCCAUGCUCAACAAAAUUCAAACAAAGUUAUUUGGAAUAGAUAUCAAAUAUUUAUUCGACUUGUGCGUCGGUUCGGGACUUGGUGGUCUUGCGCUAUUGGCUCUCACUCAAGGCACAAAACAAAUUGAAGGAGUAAAAAAACCAAUGGAUUUGGAUGAUGUAAUAGAGUUGAUUGACUCAAUUAUCAAACCCCCAAAUGACAAGGCAAUUUUAUUGGAAAACUAUUUCCCAACAUCCAAAGUCAUAAACAAUCACAUCAACAUUGGAAAUGACGGAAAUAUUCCAACAAAAGUAGCGGUAACAACAAACUAUCAAGGAGAUGUCGUCCUAUUCACCUCUUACAAUGUUGAAAGGAUCAAAAUGGAAUCAGAUGAAAUAGAACCAUCAACAACCUACAUGUAUGAAUCUGACUCUCUUACUGCCGCCAGAUCAGUCAAUUCACAUCCAUUGGACCUCAAAGAUGACUUGGCUCACUCUGUCCCUAAAUCCAUCAAUAUCGUUCGAGAAGCACAGAAUAUUUGGCCAUCACAUCAUUGUGACCUUUUACUUGAAAUUGGAACAAGAAAGGGAUUUAAAACUCCCUCUGGAAUGAACGAAUAUUUGGAUCAAGUUAAAAAGGCCUCAAAUCAAAACUAUCAAGAAUCAAAACAAUUAUUGGAUAAAUCAGCAACAUUCAUCAAGUUGACACCACCCCAAACCAACUGCCACUAUUUCGAAAUUCAAGAAGAAGAAAAAGAAAAUGAUGAAAAUUGUCAAGAUAUUGAUGAAAUAUGCAACAAACUGCUGUCCUCUUUACCACCAUCAUUAAAGUUUGGUAAUUUCUAUAAUCAACCAAUAUCAGUUGGAGUAUUACCAUCGUCAUUACAAUCAUUGGAGUUUGGUGUCAACUAUAAUCAACCCCUAUCAGUUGGAGUAUUACCAUCAUCAUUACAAUCAUUGAAAUUUGGUAAAUACUAUAAUCAACUCCUAUCAGUUGGAGUAUUACCACCGUCAUUACAAUCAUUGGUGUUUGGUAAAUACUAUAAUCAACCCCUAUUAGUUGGAGUAUUACCAUCGUCAUUACAAUCAUUGGAGUUUGGUAAUGACUAUAAUCAAUCAAUAUCAGUUGGAGUAUUACCAUCAUCAUUACAAUCAUUGGAGUUUGGUAAUGACUAUAAUCAACCAAUAUCAGUUGGAGUAUUACCAUCGUCAUUACAAUCAUUGGAGUUUGGUAGGCGCUUGGAUUCACCUCCUCCUCCUCUCAGAUUUUUAUGUGAUUUCAACCAACCAAUAGGAAUAAGCAGAAGAUUUGUAAAGCUUUCCUCUGGUGUGUUCAAGCUUCCUUUUAAUCAACCCCUCAUUUUUUCAACAACUGGGUCCUCUAACUCUACCAAUACCCCCCAUUUAUUGGAUCCUCUCCUCAAUGCCAACAACACAGUAAACAACAACAAAUAUUAUAUCCUACAUUCUUUUCCAUAUUCAGCGAACAAAUAUGUCUAUAAAGAAAUAGAUUACUCCUUUAAUCAAACUAUCUAUGACAAAGUGCGAUUUGAAAUCUCAACAAUGAAACUAUUCAUCAAUGACGAUAUGUUUGUACAAUAUAAAGACCACCAAGAUGAUAUUGAUUCAAAAAAGAUAUAUCUUUUGACACAUUACUGUGAAGGUGGAGAUUUGGAACAACUAUUCCAAUCAAUCUAUAAAUGGAAUGAAUCCCAAAAAGGAACAAAAUUGGUGCAUAAAUAUAUUCAAGAAUCAGAGAUAUGGCAAUAUAUUCGUAGACUAUUCCAAAUACUUGAAAAACUAUCUAAUCACAAUAUUGCACAUCUUGAUAUCAAUCCACUCAAUCUUUUUAUUGGAUCUAAUAAUGAAAUAGUUCUUGGUGGUUUUGGAUGCUGCCAUUAUUUUGUUGAUCAAAGUUACUCAGUAUCUGGCGACCAGAUUUUGAACACCUACCCCCGAGAAAAGAAGGGCACUAUUGAAAAAACAACACAAUAUGCUAAUAUGAUUGCUACGACUCUUGCCUCUCGUGGAUCAAAGGGAUAUUACUCACCAGAAUCAAAACAGAAGAUAUAUCACCCCUCAAGUGAUUUAUAUUCUAUUGGUUUAACUCUUUUACAUUUACUUUCAUGUCACCCAGAUGAUAUUGAGAAUAGAAUAGAAUUUAUCAAGAACCACAAAAAUAACAAUUUUAAUACUGAUCAUAUUAAAAUAUCAACCGAUAGAUACUCUCAACAAUUAAUUCAUUUUGUCAAGAAUCUAUUAAUAGGAACAACUCAUGAUCGACUCUCAUUGGAUGAUUUGAAUGGGGAAAUAGUCGACCAACACACACAGAGAAUCACAUCAUUUUUAAUCCACCAACGACAAAUUCUAUCAAGCACAACAACAUUAAUAUUGGAUGGUGAAUUCAACAGUCCCCUCAGAGGAUUACUUCCACCAACACUUUUAAAGUUAAAUAAAUCGUUCAACCAACCAUUACCAAAACUUGGAAACUCAACCACUAUCAACAUAACCAAAGAAAACCAUGACCCGACCAUGGAUUAUGGAAAUGUCAAUAUUUACUACCACUCUCAACACGAAAAGAUCGCCAAUCCAUUCGUAGAUGAACACCUAGAAAACAAUUUAAUCUUGACAAUUGGCGAAAAAUGUUAUGGUAUUGGAAAAAUCAAAAGGGAAAACAAUGUCAUUGGGUGGAACAAUCAUAUUUCAAUAGACAUAAAAAAUAUUGGUGUUAUAUCACACGUUCGAGCAUCAAUUUAUCCACAUUUGUUUUGUCAAAUCGAUAAAUCGAAAUUUGAAGAAAUCAACAAACAGUUUAGAGAAAACACGAUCAAAGAUGUUGCGUACCCUGAUAAUAUGACCAAAUUGUUUGAAUUGGAUGAGGACAACCUUCAUAACGUGUAUCAAGAUGGCCAAUAUGUGAAUAUUAGAAUUAUUCCAAUGAUUAAUAACUAG